UGGGUCGUACGUUUGUUUAAACUUCAGUCUUGUCUAGUUCUGCUUCGCAUAUACAGUAACUAGCCACCUCAAGUCUGGUGUCUGUCAAGUUCAUCUUCAUUUUUCAAAAAUGGUUCACCGCAGUUCCAUAUUAUUGAUGGCUGUGGCCGCGUUGAUGGCUGUUCCUGUACAUUCUGGGCCGAUGGGCUCGGUGUCUGGUUAUGGUUCCUAUUCGUCUCCGAUUACCACUAAGGAGUACUACACAACGAAGCCGGCCGAAUACUACACCACUAAGAAGGCUGAGUAUUACACAAUGACGUAUGCUGCUCCCGUUUACACAACCAAGGCCCCCGAGUACUACACUACGGCCUCUUACUACACAACCAAGGCCCCCGAGUACUACACUACGGCCUCUUACUACACAACCAAGGCCCCCGAGUACUACACUACGGCCUCUUACUACACAACCAAGGCCCCCGAGUACUAUACAACACAAGCUGCUUACUACACAACUACCUACGCGGCCACUUCCUACUACACCACUAAGGCUGCAGAAUACUACACGACGAAGAAAGCUGAAUAUUACACUACACCGGCCCCAUACUACACAACAACGUACGCAGCUCCAUCUUAUUAUACUGAGGCCCCGAAAUCCUAUUCAGCUCCAAACUACACCACAACGGCUGCUCCUUACUACACCACUGAGGCUGCCAAGUAUUAUGUGGCUCCAACUUACUACAACCAGGCUGCUCCGUCUUAUUACUCUGAGCCGACUUACUACACCGAAGCUCCGCAAUAUUACUCUGCUCCAAACUAUUACCAAACAGCUGCACCCGUCUACUACACCGAAGCACCAAUGUAUUAUUCUGCCCCGAGUUAUUAUACGACAGCUGCACCUUCGUACUACGAGCCUGUCUACUACACCGAACCACCGAGGUACUACAGUGCACCCAGCUACUACGAGACUGAGGCUCCUGCUUACUACACAAAAGCACCCGAAUACUACACCGAAGCCCAGAAGUACUAUGCUGCUCCAAGCUACACCACGACAGCUGCAUCGUACUACACUACUGAAGGUGCCAAGUAUUACGUAGCCCCAACUUACUACACACAGGCAGCUCCGUCCUACUAUGCAGAGCCGACUUACUACACAGAAGCUCCUCAAUAUUACGCUGCACCCGCCUAUUAUACUGAAGCCACGAAGUACUACACUACUAAGGCACCGGAGUAUUAUACCACCAAGAAGGCUGAAUACUACACCACAACCUAUGCAGCUCCCAGUUAUUACGCUGAGCCUCCGAACUACUACACCACCAAGGCUCCUGAAUACUAUACCACGGCCAGCUACUACACCACCAAGGCUCCUGAGUACUACACCACGGCCAGCUACUACACAACCAAGGCUCCUGAAUACUACACCACAGCUUCGUACUACACCACCAAGGCUCCCGAGUAUUACACCACUGCUUCUUACUACACUACCAAGGCCCCCGAAUACUACACGACAGCCUCCUACUACACUACAAAGGCUUCUGAAUAUUACACUACAGCUUCCUACUACACAACAAAGGCUCCGGAGUACUACACUACAGCUUCAGCCUACACUACUAAGGCUGCAGCUUACUACACUACCAAGGCCACUGAGUAUUAUACCACAAAGAAGGAAGAGUACUACACUACACCUGCGUCUUACUACACAACUACUUACGCUUCACCUUCCUACUACACCACUAAAGCUGCGGAGUACUACACGACGAAGAAAGCUGAAUACUACACUACACCGGCCACCUACUACACAACAACGUACUCGACUCUUUAUUACACAGAAGCUUCAAAGUCCUACACCACAAAGGCGGCUGAAUACUACGCUGAUGCCCCUAAAUCCUACUCGGCUCCAAGCUACACCACAACGGCUGCACCUUACUACACCACAGAGGCUGCCAAGUAUUACGUUGCUCCUUCCUCCUACACAACUGUACCUUCUUACUACGCUGAAACAUACUACACCGAAGCUCCGAGCUCAUAUUCAGCCUUGACUCACUAUGAAAUUGAAGUACCGGCUUACUACAAUUCCUACUCCGACCCUGCUUACUACACCGCAGCUGCAGAAUAUCACGACGCUUCAAGCUACUACACGACACCUUACUCAGUUCCUACUUACUACACUGAAGCUUCUAAUGCCUACACUACCAAGGCUGCUGGGUACUACACCGAAUCAUCCAAAUACUCUGCCCCGAGCUACACCACAGCUGCAACUUACUACACCACUGAAGCUGCCAAGACUUACGUAGCUCCAACAUACUACACCCCGGCUUCUCCUUCUUAUUACGUCGAGCCAACUUACUACACUGAAGCGCAGCAAUACGUUGCAAGCCAAGGCCAGUAUCACAGUCAGGUGCCAGCGUACAUCCCUAACUACGCGCAGGAAGCCUACACCGUAGCUCCAAAGUAUUCGAAUGUGCAGAGCUUUUACGCAGGUGCUGCUCCUUCUUAUUCUAGUGAUUCGCGCUAUUACUCUUCGUAUGUUGAUCCGAAAUACUAUGCUGAAGCUCCUGUUUAUUACUCGCCCUCUACUUACUACGAUGCUGGACGUCCUGCUUACUACUCCACGGCUUUUGGACACCGAGAUCAUCACAGUAGACGUAUGGCAUCCAACUCUCGUGGAUUCUAUUCAGCUCCAUCGUACUACACCACUGCAGCUCCAUCGUACUACACCACUGCAGCUCCAUCGUACUACACCACUGCAGCUCCAUCGUACUACACCACUGCAGCUCCAUCGUACUACACCACUGCAGCUCCAUCGUACUACACCACUGCAGCUCCAUCGUACUACACCACUGCAGCUCCAUCGUACUACACCACUGCAGCUCCAUCGUACUACACCACUGCAGCUCCAUCGUACUACACCACUGCAGCUCCAUCGUACUACACCGAGGCUACGAAGGCGUACACAACUAAGGUGACCGAGUAUUAUACCACUAAAGCAGCUGAAUAUUACACUGAAGCCCAGAAGUACUACACCACCACCAAAGCUACAGAAUACUACACUACUAAAGCAGCCGAAUACUACACCGAUGCCCCGAAAUACUACACCACUAAGGCAGCUGAGUAUUACACAGAAGCUCCGAAAUACUAUACAACUAAGGCGACAGAAUACUACACCACUAAAGGCGCCGAGUACUACACCACGAAAGCAGCGGAAUACUACACCACUAAGGCAGCCGAGUACAAAACAGAAGCUCCUAAAUAUUCGCCACCUCGUUAUUGAUGAGUACUACUGUCACCUGUUUUAAUUUCUAAAUUCAAAAUUUAUAUUUAAGUAUUCGUUGAAUUGAUUGGCUACAGUCAAACUUGUUCCAUUACAUCUGUUCAUUUACCAAUCACCAUUUAAAAGAGAUGUUGUUCCCAGAUGAAAUGAGCAUUCAAUAUAUUCCACGUUAAAGAAA